AUGGGGUUUGAUAACUUCAUGCUCUACCUCGAUGAGACUAUUACAGGUGUUCUCAGUGAAUGGGACAUUUAUUCGACCUUAAUUGUUACGGCUCUCGUCGGCUUCUUUGCUUUCAAAGUCAUAACAUCUCGCGAUCCGGAUUCGCAUCCUAUGCUCUUGGCCCGUCAAUCACAAGCAUCGUCAGUCAGACAAGAAGGACAGUCUGCCGUCUUCAGAAGUCAUACUGCUCCUCAUGGCAUGCCUCUCAACUCGGGGCUUCACGUUAAAGACCCUGGUGACUCGAAAUGGACUCCAGGUCGCAAUGGUGAUUUAAGGGAUAUAUGGCGCAGGGCGGUCACUGGAGCUGUUGACAGAGAAGGGAAAGAGACGGGAGAAAUCGGUAACCUCAUGACAAUAUAUGGUUCCGAUAAACUUGUUACCCACAAGCUUGCCGAUGUUACUCGUCAGAUCAAUCUGAUUGGCCAACAUAUUAAGCAGAAUGGAGGAAACAACAUUGCCAUAUAUUUACCAAACUCUAUCGAAUACCUCGCAGCAUUGUUCGCUUGUGCAUUUUACGACCUCAGUGCGAUACUCUUACCAUAUGACGAGUCUCCCGAAAGUUUACUAGAAUUAAUAAUCAAGUCCAAAGCGGAUACAGUUAUUGCUGCUGUUGGUUCUUUUCCGUUUGAUGUGGUAGCCAAGUCCUAUCCAGCUUUGCAGCAAAUGAUAUGGGUGGUGGAUGAUGGCAGCAAGCAUAUGGACUGGAAUGAAGUACCGAAAGGCACUGGAGGAGCAGUGAAUGUUUCUACCUGGCAAGAAAUUCUCCAAGAUCAGGAAGCUCAUGCAGGUUCUGAGCUACCUGCUGUUGACAAGGCUGGCAAGGAACCUAACAAAGUUGUUGCAUUCUGGCCUAAUGGAGAACUUGUGGAAUUUACUCAAUCAGUAUUGGUAGCUGGAGUGUCAGGUCAACUGGCCUCCAUACCCACGGUUCAGCGUAUUACAUCUAAAGACCUCUUCCUCUCUGCGGAACCGUUAUCGUUGAUCUACCCUUUGGUCUUAACUCUUUCGGCACUUUACUCAAACGCUUCCAUCUCCUUGACCUCUGUCUCUAUCAAAGACCCUGAUCUCGUCCUAGCAACGAAGGGAACAUCUCCGACAAUUGUUGUUGCCUCGUCCUCCACCCUUGCGAAGCUCCAUGCUGAAACCAAGGAUAACCUAACUUCACCACUCUAUCAAGUCGUUCACUGGUUUCAAACUCAGUCUUUAGUACAGCAUGGUGUUAUGCCCAUCGCCACCGUCUUUUCCCGCAUGUACGAUCACCUUCUCCCAAUCAUUGGCACGACACCUGGCAAACUUCGUCUAAUUUACGUUUCGGAACCCAUUGGCGUCCCGUCAACACCCUUGAGCGCCGAAAUGCUCUCAGAUCUACGUAUCUACACAGGCUCAAGAAUUAUUUACGCUCUCACUGCGUCAAAGGUCGCAGGUGCUGUAUCACAAACCGGUAUUUAUGAUUACAGAGUAGACGAUGGUUCGGAGAAAUACUCGCACUUUGGAGCGCCUCCACCAUCCGUGGAGAUCUUUUUGAAGGAUACCAAGGAGUACCAGACUUCUGAUACAUCUUCCGUUGGCGAGAUCAUAGUAAGAGGUCCUGCCGUCGCGGGAGGAGAAGCACACUUGGGUAUUGCAGGAAAGAUAAAACCAGACCACACACUCGCCCUACUCUCAUAA